GGAUUGUUACUGGAUUGACUGACGCGUUUCAGCUAAAUGGAAAAUAACAAACACAGAAGAGUAGAUUAAUGUAUUAUAAAGCAAAUUCUCUGAAUGGCUCGAUAAAAACAUGAGUUCUACCGACUCAGAUGAACCACCACACUUAGCUUACAAUUUUUAUGUUGGACUUGGAUUAGCCAUCUCUUCAAGUUUCUUCAUUGGAUCAAGCUUUGUUAUAAAGAAAAAAGGAUUGUUGCGUCUUAAUGUGGCUGGUGCAACCAGAGCUGGUCAUGGAGGAUAUGGGUACUUAAAAGAAUGGAUAUGGUGGGCUGGUCUGAUUUCUAUGGGUGUAGGAGAAGCAGCAAACUUUGCAGCAUACGCUUUUGCACCUGCAAGUUUAGUUACUCCCCUUGGAGUCUUAAGUGUCCUUGUGAGUGCAAUUUUGUCAUCAAAAUACUUAGGUGAGAGACUUAAUUUACUUGGAAAAAUUGGUUGUUUCCUGUGUAUUAUUGGUUCUACCAUCAUAGUUUUACAUUCACCAAAAGAUGGAACUGUAGAUAGUAUGGAGCGUUUGGAACAAUUACUUUUUGAACCAGUUUUUACACUGCAAAGUUGCUUUGUAUGAAAGCAGUGAGGGAUCAUCGUUUUGCAGAGACUCAAGAUCAGGUUUCAUUUGAUGCUACUGAUUGAAUUGAAUAUUUGAUGAAAUGGAGAACUUCAUCUUUAAGAUAUUUAACGUUGAUAUCAUUGCUGAAUUUCAACAAUAAUCUAUCCAUCACCAUGAUAAUUUUAUCCCUUUUGAUUUUCUCAUUAAAAAUCUUAAAUCAUUUAAAAGGAUCUUGUUGAUGUCUCAGAUCACAUAGUGAAUUAAGUUACAUCAUGUUAACUAUAAAACAUUGUCCAUGAUAGAAAUAUUACGGAAAGUUUUUCCAAACUUAAGAGCCAUUAUUUUGAAAUUCAGAUAAAAAGCAAAUUAUGGCAGUGACCAUUUUUGAUUUUCCUAAUUUUUUUAUAUGUCAAAGUAGGUCAUGAGAAGUGAACAUUCUGAAAUUUUUAGCCUUCCAAAAACUUUUUUUUGUUGUUAAAAAUUCCCUAAAGGCUUUGCAGCGCUUUUUUAGAAAAAUUUUAAAAGUCGCAUUUCAGUGCUCUAUAGCUCUUUACAGAAACACCACCUCACGGUU